AUGCACGAAUUCAAUCACACACCUCGGUCUUGCUAUACAGAUAACAGUGCUAUGCAAUACAGUACCAAGAGAUUUCAUUCAUCGCAUUUGGGUAAACCACCUGGCUUGAAUCAGCAAUGGAGUCGAUCUGCCAGUAAUAGUAGUAACAGCACCAGCUACAGUAAUGAGAUCAACAAGCCACCACCCCCACCCACAAAGACUAAAAUAGCACCUAUGAAAGAAGUAGAAAAGCUAAUUACAGACUUGAAGAAGGAAAAUUUCGAUCUGAAGCUGCGCCUGUAUCAUUUAGAGGAUAUCAUGACCAAGGAUCUUGAUCUGUAUCAAUUGAAACAACAAAAUCGCAAAUUACGGAUGAAUUUAGAAGAUUCAAGUAAACACAUGGAAAUAUUACAACAUGAGCUGGAUAUGCUCCUUAACAAACCAACAAUUUCGGUGGGCACUCAAACUGAUCCACCAGCAAUAGUGAUGGAUGAAGAGGAGGACGAUGCGGCUUCAGUGGACAGUUACUUCACAGCAUUUGAAUCACCCAUCAUCAGGAAAUAUCAGUUCAAUAUGGACAGACAGAUUGAAUCAUGGCUAAAUCAUAUUGAUUAUACCAAAUGCAGAGGACCAGUAAAGAGGGCGCCGCAGAUAUAA